CGCGGCGGGAGGCGGUGGCACCGGCGGUACCGGGGCCGCUGCCGGACGCUGUCGGUCUCGGUACCCCUUCAGGGGCGGCUGCGCCUCCUCCCCCGGUGCCCUCCGGGUCCGGCCCCGCCGAGCGCGGAAGGCAGAGCCCGGUCCCGCGGGCGCUGGUGUGCCGGGCUGUGGCCGUCCCGCGGAGCCGCGGCCGUGCCGUGCUGCCAGCGAUGAUUCCCCGCUGACGGGUACAGCCCUGGCCGUCUGUCGCUCUCCGGUCACCACGGAAAUCCCGCCGCUGCACGGCUGCCCCGACCGCUGCAGCUGCCCGCUCCCCGGGAAGCGCCGUGUCCCUGGGGGCAUGCGGAGCCACCCAGUGCCUGGCCCAGCAGAGCAGUUCCUCUGCAGGCUGAGCACCGACUGCAGCCGGGGAUGGCUCCGCUGUCACCUGUGCUGAGGCCCAGCUAGGAGCCGGGCCAUGGGGGCUGCGCCAGGGCCAGCACCUCCCCGCUGCCCUCCGUAGCCUACAGCAGCCCUGGCUGCCUCGGUGGGCCACCAUGGAGCAGCCCGCUCGUGUGCCCGGGCCCCGCCGGCUGCUGGGCUGCUUCAGGCGGAAGCCACGGGCCCUCGGAGGGGAGACACCGCCGGAGCCGGAGCCGGAGCCGGAGCAGCCCGAGGAGACACGCGUGGUGCUGGCCCUGGGCGAGGGCCCGGCGCUGGAGGAGUGUCCCCUGUGCCUGCUGCCGCAGCCCCCCGAGGCCUUCCCCAGCCUGGCCUCCUGCUCGCACCGCUCCUGCCGGGCCUGCCUGCAGCAGUACCUGUGCCUGGCCGUGCGCGAGAGCCGCGUGCCCGUGUCCUGCCCGCACUGCCCCGCCGCGCUCCAGCCCCACGACGUGCACCGCCUCCUCCCCGAGCCAGCCCUGCGGGACAAGUAUGAGGAGUUCCUGCUGCGGCGGCUGCUGGUGGCUGACCCCGGCACCCGCUGGUGCCCCGCGCCUGACUGCAGCUACGCUGUCUUUGCCCAUGGCUGUGCCGAGUGUCCCCGCCUCACCUGUGGGCGUGAGGGCUGUGGCACCGAGUUCUGCUACCACUGCCGGCAGCCCUGGCACCCUGACGGCCCCUGUGCACCGGUGCCACCGACCCCCAGCCUGGCCACCCCCACAGCACAGCCGGAGGAGUUGGCCCACGCUGAGGCCGAGGACAUCAAGGUCUGUCCUCGCUGCAGCGCCUUCAUCAUGAAGAUCAACGAUGGGAGCUGCAACCGCAUGAACUGCACGGUCUGUGGCUGCCUCUUCUGUUGGCUCUGCCUGCAGGAGAUCUCUGACGUGCACUUCCUGAGCCCCUCUGGCUGCACCUUCUGGGGGAAGAGGCCGUGGUCACGGACCCGGAGGAUCCUGUGGCAGCUGGGCAUGGUGCUGGGAGCACCCAUGGUCAUCUCCCUUGCUGCGGGUGUUGCUGUCCCUGUCAUCACCAUUGGGAUCCCCAUCUACAUGGGUAGGAAGGUGCUGGGCCAGAGCCGGCGAAGCAGCCUCUCCGGGUGCCAGCAGUGCCUCUCUGUCACCAGCAGUGUCCUCCUGUCUCUCUUUGUGUCCCCUAUCAUAACAGCUCUCACUGUGGGUGUUGGCGUGCCCCUGGUGCUCACCUACGUGUACGGGACCGUGGUGCUGUCGCUGUGCCGCAGCCGCUGGCGCUGCAGGGGCGGCCGCGCGCCCGGGGACCUCGGCGUGGUGGAGCUGGACAACCUGGCCAAGCUGAAUGAGCUGUGGUCAGUGCUGCCCAGCCCCAGAGCGGGCGAGGACGGAGCUCCAGACCCUGCUGCCUCCCUCCCCAGCAGCAGCCGCAGUCCACGCCCGGGGCCGCUGUGGCCAGAACGGGACAGCCAGUCAGCCAGCACAGUGGCCCUUGCGGGGAGCAUGCUGAGCGAGGGCCAGGACACCUCUGACAGGGAAGGUGUUACCAUCGAGGUGGAGGUGUCGGUGGAAGCAGUGCCACGUUCUGCCCGGCAGCAGAGCCUCAGCAGUGCCCUGUCUGGGCAGAGCCUCUCUGGGGACUCCCUGGGAGCCACCAGUGACAGGGGCAGCUCCGUGGGUGUCCCUGUGGAGUGAUGGGGGCCUGAGGGGGAGAGUCAUGACCCACACACAGGCCCUGUGCCCUCCUGUGGCAAAGCCAGUCCCCCUCUGCCAGCACACCCAGCCCUGGGAGCUGGGUCCUGGGUGGGUGCCAGCUGCACCCAGCACUGCUGCACCCUGCACUAGCCCUGCCCGCCCGUUUCCCAGAGGCACCACUAGGAAAUAAAGCUGCUUUCUGAGGGUC